AUGAACGGUGGAGCACCAACAAAGAUUGCAAAUUUUCUUCAUAAAUCAAUUGUUUCAGUAUUAGCACUCACAUCAUUAGGCUGUGGUGUUUUUGUUAUCAGUGCAACUGCUGAUUUAUUGGAAAGAAGAAAAAAAAGAAGGGAAGAAGAAGAUAGAAUUAUAAAUGAAUUUAUUGAAAAUGAUAAAAAAAGAAUUUUAGAAGAAAAUUUAAGACAACAACAACAGCAACAACAAAAAUAA